AUGUCGGUGACGAUUCAUAAUGGAAAUUCUCUCUUCUUGAUCAACUACGCCACUCAAAUUAUCAGCUUCGUAGCCGUGACACCGUUCGUGGCUCUUCGGAUCUUUGUUCGAUGGAGAUUGAAUCAUGCUCUAGGGAUAGACGACGCUUCGUGCGUGCUGGGAUGGCUGAUGUUCAUGGGGUAUUGCUCUAGCGCUCUGAUCUAUGGGUUUGCCGGGGGAUCAAUACCACCUGCGGAUCUUGAUCAAGCUGACUAUGAAAUAUGUGUCAAGAUUUCCUACGUUGCAACCAUACUGUACUCACCAACGGCUCUUUUCGUCAAGACUAGCCUGCUCUAUGUGAUGAUGAGAAUUUUCCAACCACUGACCAAGGCAAUGGUAGGACUAUACUGUCUCAUUGGAGUGGUAAUAUGUUACUAUGUGAUCAUCACAUUCAUCAAGAUUUUCGUGUGCAAUCCAGUGAACGCAUAUUGGGAUCCAAAUGCAUUGGAGCACGGCCGUUGUCUCAGCCAGCCGGGAGUAAUCAUCGCGGAUUCGGUGAUUAGCUUCGUGACAGACGUGGCAAUACUCACGUUCCCCGUGGCUUUCACCUGGACUUUGCAAAUGCCAAUGUGGAAAAAAGUCAAGAUAGUGGUCUUGCUUGGACUUGGAGGUGUUGCUGUUGCAUUCAGUCUCUACCGCCUGGUGAUUGGUGUAUACGAAAGCAACAAUCCUAAAGAUACCGUCUUGUUCAUGAAAUCCAUUUUGACUGGUAACGCGGAGUUAGGUCUCGGAUUAAUUUGUGCCUGUCUUCCGGCUUUGAACAUUCUGGCGAGCUACACACAACGGCACAACUUCCCCUGGGUCGGAUGUUGUGGUCGACAGAAAAAGAGUGAGGAAAGCUCCGGUCACAUUUUCGACUGGCCUCAAGCCGAUGGCCAAAAUCAUGCAUUCUCACGGAGUCAGUUGAGUAGUUCUGCCCGCCGCGCCUCUACCGAUUCAGCGCGGCUUGUGGCUAGUCACGAGAAUGGCGGGCUUUCCUUCAGUGAAAACAAUGAUAUCAUUCAGAUGGUCUCAUUGAACCAGCAUUGGGAAACUUUGUCGGAAAGGUCGCGCUCACCGUAA